AUGAUUAACGACUCUAUUAGUGACACAUAUCAUAAAAAGUUCAAAUACGUUUUGAUCCCAGAGGAAAUAAGUGAUGAGGUUCAAGAAUUAGAAUUCGAAGGAUAUGAGCGGGAGUUUAAAGAAAAAUUGAACUUACAUUUUACACAAACAAAAUUGCUGAAUAAAGAAAAGAAAAAAUUAACUAAAACUUUACAGGAAUCGGUUGAAAAAGAAGCCAAUGGAAAAAAAGACCUGGAUGGUAAUUUACUCGAAAAUGCCGUAGAAAUGUCCCAAAUGUGUCAGAUUAUUCCGAUUACUCUUCCCACCAAACAAAAUAAUUUUGAUGCCACAAAUGCGUAUAUUGAUAACGUAGGUCGAGUGAAGAAUUUGGGGCAAAAUUCCCAAGCAACCAGAAUACUUCAAGAUGACAUUAGAGGAGACUGCUUCAUUUCCCGUACUUAUGACGAUGAAGUAUCGUUUAAAAGAACCGAUUUUACUUUAGAAGAUUUUAAAGCUUAUUUAAAAAACCCUCCUGCCAAAACACCUUAUGACAGACAAAAAAUGUUUGACAUAAUAAAGGAUCCCUCUAAAAUAGAACCGGUUCCUAAAGAAGAAAAGCCUCAACCACCACGUUGCAGCGGGUGCUUGCAAAUCAAAGAAAACCUUAAAAAAUGCGGUGCCUGCCAAAAGGUAGCCUAA